CGCAUUGCAUUCUGCAUCUGCUUCCCCAAUGAACCGUAAUGCAGGUUUUGCAAUCUGAAAUGAUCAGAAUUUUCUCUGCGCCGCGCGCGGCUGACUCAGCGCGUCCGGGGAAGGCUCUGCAUGCCUGAGGCAUUAAUGCCAAGCAUCUCCGCUUCUGCCUGCUUGGAAGGGCUGCCUCUUCUCCCUCGUCUCUUCUCCCUCAACCACAUCUUCAUCAUCAUCCCGUGUCAUUGAAUUCAUUCAACAUGGACAUGAUGUUUAUUUCUCCUUACAUUCAGUUUGUUUAUACUUCCACCACAGCGCCAUAACGGCAAAUGUCAUAUAUUCGACAUCCCCGACGGCUCUGAUCUCACGGCGAGUCAGGUCGUCCUUGGCAGAACAGGAGGCAGGACGUUCUCCGUAUGAGGGAUUUUCCAUCAAGAUCGCCGUCAGAAUAUGAUGUAUGAGCUGGCUACGGAGGGAGUCGGAGAAGACCUGGCCGCGGAAGACGGUGACUACCCCAGUCUGUUGGACUCCAAGUAACCAACACGAUCGUCUGGCCGAUGCGGUCUACCAAUGUGAAUGCCGCCGGGGGUGGACCAGCCAUGCAGUCCGGGACCAUCGUCUCCAACCCCAGAUUAAUCGGGGCGGCACUUGGGGUAGAAACUCAAAGCGUCCACGUCGGGCGCAACAGGGAACCAUCAGCCGAGUGAGAGUGAGACACACUUCUUCGUUCUAACUUCUUAGUCCUGGGGAUGUUUACUUUCUCCCGGCAAUUCCCGCAUGCAGUAAGCGCCAGCUGACUCAUCCGCGCGGCACCCAAAGCGGUAAGUCGCGCCUCGUCUUCCUUCGCCUUGAGGAGGAGCCUAUCAGCACGGCGGCCGCUAUACUUCACCCGUUGCCGAACAUAUCAGACCGGCCGACGACCGUUCAGGGCUGCCAGAUCGUACCUAUAAUGCCCUAUUCAGACGUACAACCGGAGAAGGUAUGUCCCUCGCGUGGCCCUGGGUACACGAUUCAUGCCAAGAACUGGUCUGGCACGGAAAAAAGCUUGGAUACCCGAGAAAGCAGAACCCUAACCGACAAUUUCGCUGUCUUUUCCUCCCCCCGCACACGCACCCCGCAGAUGAGGAAUAUCGUUCCUGCUGUUGGAACAGUUGGGAACGGAAGCUGAACGAAUUUCCCCAUUGAAAGGAUUCGGGCGAAUUGCCUGUUCCAAGACGCGCAGGGGGCGAGCCUAUCAUGCCGUCGGGGGGACCCAUCUCAGGCCCACGGCGGGCAUAUCCAUUAGGUAACGACGCAGAUUUUGCCCAUACAAAACUCGUGUGUGUAUCAGUGGACGCCCCCCACCCACUCGGUCACUCCAUUUAGCUAGUAUAAUAUUUAAGGUCCGCGAGAAAAAUUGUCUGCUCUUCUUCGUUCUGCCAUUCUGUUCACCACCUGCCUUGAGUCGUCGUUGAACCUGCUUGCCUCCUACAUGUCGCCCCCCCAAGCCCAGCAUGACCCGGUUCGGGACCAUAUCGAGGUAGAGCAGGACGAUGCGACGGUGUUCAGCGACGAGAAGCAUGACGACCAGCCGCCGCAGAACAUCUUCAACCAGGGUGGCAAGGACUACCGCACCCUGGGCCGUUGGGAUACCGUCUUUGCCCUGGUCACCAACCAGGUCGGUCUCGGCGUGCUGUCCCUGCCGUCCUGUCUGAAGACCCUGGGUGUCGUUCCGGGAGUCAUCGCCAUCAUCGGCCUGGGCUCCCUCUCCGCGUACACGGCCUACGUGCUGCUGCAGUUCUACCGCCGCUACCCCCGCGUCGUCAACGUGGUGGACAUGUGUGGCAUCGUGGGAGGCCCCGUGCUCGAGGUCGUGGCCGGCAUAGGCCUGUUGAUUAAGGUCAUGAUGACGUGCGCCUCGGCUAGCGUGACGCUGUCCGUCUCGUUCAACACGCUCAGCAACCACGCCUUCUGCACGGUGGGCUUCCUGACUAUCGCCGUCGUGGCCUGCUGGAUCCUCUGCCUGCCGCGUACCGUCAAGUUCGUGUCGCAGAGCGGGAUCCCGUCCACCGUCAGUAUCCUCGCCGCCGCCCUGAUCGUCAUGAUCAGUCUGGGCGUGGCCAACCCCGCCGCCGCGCCGCCGGGCUGGGAGAACAAGAUCGAGGUCGUCGGCCGGCCCACCUUUCGCGAGGGGCUGAAUGCCUGCCUAAAAAUCUGCUACGCCUACGCCGGCAACAUCAGUUUCGUCGGCUACAUGGCCGAGAUGCGCAACCCAUCGCGGGACUUCCCCGUGGCCCUGGCCUGUCUGGAGGUCUUCUCCAUCACCAUCUACACCAUCGUGGCCAUCGCCAUCUUCUGUCUGGCCGGCGACUACACCACCUCGCCCGCCCUCGGCUCGGCCCCGUACAUCCCCGCCAAGGUCGCCUAUGGCGUGGUGCUGCCCGCCGUCUUUUCUACCGCUAUGGCGUUCGGCCAGACCGGCAUCAAGUACAUCUACGUCGUCGUCAUGCGCUGGAUGAACGCCACCCACCAGGUGACCGAUCGGAGCGUCAAGUCCUGGUCUACCUGGAUCGGCUGCGGCAUCCUGUAUUGGCUCGUCGUCUGGGUCAUCUCCAACGCCAUCCCCGUAUUCGACUCCAUCCUGUCCAUCUCCUCGGCGACCACCAUCGCCUGGUUCACCUUUGGGCUGAGUGCCGUCUUUUGGUUCCACCUGAACCGCGACUGCUUGUUUCGCGAUUGGAAGAAGAUUCUGCUCGUGAUUCUGAAUUCGCUGCUGAUCAUCCAGUCGCUGUUCAUGAAUGCGGGCGGACUCUGGUCGUCGAUUACCGAGCUCAUGAACAUUUUCGAUAACGACUCGAGCCAGAUCCGGGGAUCAUUUUCCUGCGGUGACAACUCUGCGGUCUGAGACUUGGACGCGAACCCGCUAGAACUGAAAAUUUGAACCCCACGGACUGUGUCCGGGGACAUUUGUACAUACAUUAAAUGCCAUAUUUGAUAGAGUAGCGCUCUGGUAUCAAUCCGCCGGAUGGAUCUGGACAUAUUACCUUACUACAAUAUAUAUACAUGCAAGGAUAGAAGUUUA